AAAAGAUGAUUCCUGCAGUUUAGGCUUACAUAGUGUCUCUCCCAAUCUCAUUAUGUGUGGAAUAUUAUCUGAUUAUACACAAGAGACACCUGAUAUCUCCCUUCAGUAGUUGUUGACUCUGUCAGCAUACAUGUGCGUUGGGCAUUGUGCCUCAUCAGCAUGGAAACAGACUCCGAAAUACCCACCCCUUCUGUCCUUUGGCCAGCCCCCAAUGUCAGAACAGUAGUCAGUGUCAUUAGAAAACUGCGUCCGUAUUAGAAAAGCCAGCCUAGUGGAAAGUAGGUGCGUUUAAUAAGGAGCCAUCCUCCUCCCUACUGGCCCGUGUUGUGUAAUUGUGUGCUCCUGUGCACUGAGCUGCAUACAAGGCCUGGAUCAACAAACAGCCGUAGUCCUCUCUCAGCAGAUGGCCUGCCUAUGAUGGCACAGACUCUACACUUAGCCAUGGCAUCUGUGUCAGUCAGCUCUCGUCUAAACAAGGCCAUCCAUGAGCACUACAUGUCCCUUCCUCAGGGGGACCUGUGUCAGGUCACCUACAUCUGGAUCGAUGGUUCCGGGGAGGGGCUGAGGAACAAGACUCGCACCCUGGACAGAGAGCCCCAGGGAAUAGAAGAUAUUCCAGAGUGGAACUUUGAUGGCUCCAGCACCGACCAGGCCGAGGGAUCCAACAGUGACAUGUACCUGAUCCCAGUGGCAAUGUUUAGGGACCCUUUCACACUGGAAUCCAACAAACUGGUUUUGUGUGAGGUCCUCAAGUACAACCGCUUGCCUGCAGAGAGUAACCUGAGGUCAGGUUGUAAGAAAGUGAUGGAGGAAGUGAAGCUAUAUAUUCCCUGCUUUGGAAUGGAGCAGGAGUAUACUCUCCUGGGGAUGGAUGGUCGCCCCUAUGGCUGGCCCCAAAAUGGAUUCCCAGGACCCCAAGGUCCAUACUACUGUGGGGUUGGUGCAGACCACGCCUUUGGAAGGGACAUUAUGGAGUGUCACUACAAGGCAUGUCUCUAUUCUGGGGUCAAAAUCUGUGGCACCAAUGCUGAGGUCAUGCCAUCUCAGUUUGAGUUCCAGGUGGGUCUGUGUGAGGGGAUAGAGAUGGGAGACCACCUGUGGAUGGCACGUUUCCUGCUGCACCGUGUGUGUGAGGACUUUGGAGUUGUAGCCACUCUGGACCCCAAACCAAUGAAGGGGAACUGGAACGGGGCGGGCUGCCAUACCAACGUUAGCACCAAGGAGAUGAGGGAAGAAGGGGGGCUGCAAUAUAUUGAGCAGGCCAUUGAGAGGCUGAGCAAGCGACAUGCCCACCACAUAUCUGUGUACGACCCUCACGGAGGCCAGGACAACAUCAGACGCCUCACAGGCAGACAUGAAACCUCCAGCAUCCAUGACUUCUGUUUUGGUGUGGCCAACCGCGGGGCCAGCAUCCGGAUCCCACGCCAGGUGGCCCAGGAGGGGAAGGGAUACUUUGAAGACCGCCGGCCCUCCGCCAACUGUGACCCUUAUGCCGUGACGGGCGCCAUCGCAAGAACCUGCCUGCUCGAGAUGGAGGAGGAGGAGGAGGAGGAGGAGAGUACAUGAGAGAGUGACCAGACUCAUAGACACAUAUAAUCCUGUAGCUGGUGGUUGGGGAAACCGUCCCUUAUAGUUUCCAUGAUUGUGCGAUAGAACUAUAUUGUAACCAAAUAAAUCUAUACUUAAGACUACUGGUUGGGGGCCUCCCGAGUGGCGCAGCGGACUAAGGCUCUGCAUCACAGUGCUAGAGGCAUCACUACAGAUCCGGGUUUGAUCCCAGGCUGUAUCACAACCGGCCAUGAUCAGGAGUCCCACAGGGCGGCGCACAAUUGCCCCAGCGUCGUUAGGCUGGGGGGCUUUACUUGGCACAUUGCUUUAUAAUGAAUACUACUCGUUGGAUGCUUUAAAGAUUCAUUACUUGAAUGUAGGUUGAAUGUUUCUGAAGGUUAAUUAUAUUUUUCAGUCUUUGGUAAUUGCAGCGGGUCCAAUUGGCUUAUUAUUCAGUUUGUUUAAUAUUUAUUGUUUGAAGUUGAGAUUUAAUAAAAUGAUGCUGAAUUGAA